UAUGGCGGACAGACAAAAAAUUACGGACUUACGUACACCAGCGUUUAUGAUUGACCUAAAGACAGUUCAGAGCAAUUGUAAAGCCAUGAUAGAUAGAUGUAAAGGUCUUGGAGUUGAGCUUCGUACAAAUAUGAAGACUCACAGAACGUUGGAAGCAGGAGAGUACAUGACUGCAGGAACAAAAAGAUGCAUAUCAGUGUCAACUUUAGCAGAAGCAGAAUUUUAUUCCAAUGGAGGCUAUGAUGACAUCACUUAUGCUUAUCCACUUUCUCCUGACAAGGUCUCACAGGCUGCCCAGCUUUUGUCACGUCUCGAGAAGUUCCAUGUGUUGGUUGAUAAUUACGUGAUUCUUGAUUCACUUGUUGUUUAUCCUCUUCCUGAGGGAAAAAAGUGGUCAGUGUUCCUAAAAGUUAACUGUGGAUACAACAGAGCUGGUGUGUGGUAUGAUGAUCCUCAAAGUGUUGACAUGGCCAAGGAGAUUUCCUCCAAGAGUUGUGUGACAUUCAAAGGGCUCUAUAUCCAUGAAGGGAAUUCUUACAAUUGUCAGGGUGAAGAUGAAAUAAAACAAACUGCUAGUGAAACAUUCAAGAGACUUAACAUAUUUUCACACAGACUUAAACAAGCUGGUAUCGAAUUUCCUACUGUUGCAAUAGGAGCAACUCCAUCCUGCUCUAAACCUCCAGAUGAUGUUGAAGGAAUUAAUGAGUUUCAUCCAGGAAAUUAUGUAUUCUAUGACUAUCAGCAGUACCUGACUGGAUCAUGUGAUCUGAAUGAUAUUGCAGUGCGAGUCUUGACAAGAGUGAUUGGACACUACCCUGAUAGGGAACAAAUUUUGAUUGACUGUGGCUGGACUGGGUUGUCCCAUGAUAGCCUUGGGAAACUCAAAACAGGAUUUUGUUACUUUGAAGGACAUCCAAAUCUUAAACUUGUCAAAAUGACUCAAGAAAUUGGCACAGUGCAAGCAGUGGAAGGGCCUUUAGAUUUGUUGCUCUAUCCAAUUGGGUCAUUCUUAAGGAUAAUUCCCUUUCAUGCAUGUGCCACAGCCUACAUGCAUCCUGUAUACUAUGUUGUGAAGGAUGAUGAAGUUGUUGACAAGUGGAUUCCUAACAGAGGCUGGUGACCAUUAAUUAAAAAACUACCUCUGUCUGCAUCAGAGGGGGCAUCUGUGCAUAUCAAUCAUAGUGGUCUCCUCUCCAAGGAAGUUGUUUACAAGCUCUUCAAAAACUCAUUAAUAAUUCAUAAGCCCAUUAACCUAUCAAAUGGUAGAUACUACAUCACGUGCAGUGACUUUAUAUCGAUAAACCUCAUCCUUAUUAGUAUGCGGUGUUUUAUCAGA